ACAUGAAGAAUCAAAUAUUGAUAUUUGGUUUGCUGAAUUUAAUCAUUCUUUGCAGCGGUUCAGAGGACGGCAAGUUGGAGAGGGCAAGACGAUUUUUGAGGCGUGGUGUUUCGUUGGAAAACGAGCGAUCGACCAAAUUACGGGUACUCCGCCAUCUAGAUAACGUUCGAUCGACAAACUUUACAAAGCUACAUCUAAAGGAGAGGCAACUGUCGCCAUCAUACCCUUAUCGAUGUCCGACGGCGUCCUUCCAGUGUGAGAGUGGUAAAUGUAUCCCAUCUCAGCAGGUUUGUGAUGGACGGCUGUAUGAUUGCCCAGGCGGAGAGGACGAACAAAGUUGCUCGAUAAGCACAUGUCCUCCUGACCAGACACGGUGUCAGAGCGGUGAGUGCAUCCCAGACUACUGGCUAUGUGAUCAGAUCGAUGACUGCUCCAACGGGGAAGAUGAGGUGGGAUGCUCCAGAACACAAUGCGAGAAGGAUGAAUUCAAAUGCAGUACAGGAUCCUGCGUAACUCAAGACUGGCUAUGCGACGGUCACGUUGAUUGCCUAGAAGGAGAAGACGAACAGGCUUGCCUUACUCAGACAUGUCCACCUGGUCAAUUCAAGUGCAACAACGAUGCCUGUGUGGACAAUCAAUAUGUCUGUGAUGGAGUCCACGAUUGCUACUUUGGAGAAGACGAACUAGACUGCGGUGGAAUAGAGAUCAAUGAGCCGUGCUCAAGCAGGUACCAGUGUGAUGAUGGUCGGUGUAUCCAACUCGAGACGAUAUGCGACGGGACUUACGAUUGCUCGUAUGGAGAAGAUGAACAAGACUGCUUCUCAUGUCGAAAUGAUCAGUUUGAAUGUCCAGAAGGACUAUGCUUGCCUCGAUCAGCUCUCUGUGAUUCAGAACAAGACUGCCGAUAUGGAGAAGACGAGGAGAACUGUCAAGUCGUAGCAGCAUGUCCUGGUAAAUUCGAGUGUUCAUCCGAUGGCCGGUGUCUAUCUUAUGGCUUUGUGUGUAACGGGAGAGUAGAUUGUUUUGGAGGAGAGGAUGAACGUGGAUGCAUCAGCCAACCAACGCAACUAACGCAACCAACGCAACCAACGCAUCCAACGCGUCCAACGCAACCAACGCAACCAACGUGUCGCCAAAAUGAGAUACGUUGCAACGUCGGCAGUAGAGUAGGAUGCCUCGCAGAAGCGAAAGUAUGUGACGGAAGGAAUGACUGCUCAAGAGGGGAAGACGAGCGUAACUGCCCUCUGGUUGUGCCGCAUGAUUGUGGGGGUGACUUCCGGUGUGAUGAAGGCAAGUGUAUCUCUAGGAGUCGGUUGUGUGAUCGGUUCAUUGAUUGUAGCGAGGGUGAAGAUGAGGAGGACUGCGUGAUGACGCAAUGUGGCGGUGAUUUCCAGUGCAUGGAUGGGACGUGUGUCCCGGCGUCCUUGAUCUGUGACGGUCAAGUCGAUUGCGCCGAUGGUGAAGACGAGGUAUCCUGCAGGGAACUUCCACAAUGUGAUGUAGACGCUAAUCUUAAAAUGUGCAGUACAGGACAGUGUGUCCCAGGCGAGGCCUUUUGCGAUGGAUGGGUUGAUUGCUACGGGGCCGUUGACGAGGCAGGAUGCCCAGAGUCAUCUAGUUGUCGGGGAUUGUUCUUAUGCCGCACCGACUACUGCCUCGAAUCUACAAGAAUCUGCGAUGGCAGUUUGGACUGUAUUGAUGGCAGAGAUGAAACGGAAGUGUCUUGCUUCACAGCACCUGAUUGUAUCGAUGGUUUCGAGUGCAACAACGGUGAAUGUACCGAUAUCAGCUCGGUGUGCAACGGAGCGCGAGACUGCUCCGAGGGAGAAGAUGAGGAAAAUUGUCUGCCAGGGUGCACUGCAUUUGAAUGUGCUGAUGGCACAUGUAUACCAAUAUCAAGCCUUUGCGAUGGCAAUGCUGAUUGCCGCGCAGCAGAAGACGAAAUUAAUUGCCCAGAGGAAUGUUCCGGGUUCACAUGCUCCGAUGGUUCGUGUAUAGACACUAGAGAUGUCUGCAAUGGGCGACCAGAUUGCUCACGAGGUGACGAUGAAAUCAACUGCCCGGAGCAGUGUUCUGGGUUUAGAUGCAACGAUGGGAUAUGCAUUGAUACGGCCAGUGUAUGCAACGGUCGACCGGAUUGUUUGAGAGGCGAGGAUGAAGUAAGGUGUCCAGAAGAGUGCAGGGGAUUCAAAUGUAGAGAUGGUUUGUGUAUUCCUGAUUCUGCUGUUUGCAAUGGUCGGAGAGACUGUUCUGGAGGAGAUGACGAAGUUGGUUGUUCAGAUGACAGAUGUUCGACAGGAUUUCGUUGCGGAAAUGGUAAUUGCAUCGACUCCAAUCGCGUUUGUAACCGUUAUAACGAUUGUGGUGAUAAUUCAGACGAGGAAACUUACGCCUGUGACGGUACUCCGUGUUCUGAUGGAUUCGUGUGUGAUGAUAACUCCUGCAUAUCGCAAAACAAAGUCUGUGAUGGGAAUCGUGAUUGUUACAGUGGAGAAGAUGAAAAUAACUGCAACACUGUUUGUGAAUUUCAGUGCGGCAAUGGAAACUGUAUUCCUAACUCAGCUGUCUGUAAUGGAGUUCGAGAUUGCUAUGAUGGUGAAGAUGAAUCAAGUUGCCCCUUAACGAACCCUUGCAAUGGCUUUAGAUGUGACGAUGGAACCUGUAUAGAGUCUAGUAGAGUUUGUGACACUUACAAAGACUGUCCAGAUCGUACAGAUGAGCAGAACUGUGAAUCAGAAGAGAUCUGCCCUGGUAAAUUCAAUUGUCAGACAGGGUUCUGUAUUGAAUUACGGUACAUCUGUGAUGGACGUCAGGACUGUUCAAAUGGCCUGGACGAGAGUUCCUGUCCUAUCAACGAAGGAUGUGACAGUACCGAGUUUACCUGCUAUAAUGGCCAUUGUAUUGGUGGUAAUAAUGUUUGUGAUGGCAUACCUGACUGCUCUGCCGGGGAAGACGAGGAAAAAUGCCCAGCAGGAUGUGGAAAUGAAUUUGAAUGCGGCAGAGGGAACUGUAUACCAAGGAGCUUUAUCUGCAACGGCAGGUUGGAUUGUUCCGAUGGCGAAGAUGAAGUUGGUUGCAAUCGUUGUGAAUUUGAAUGUGAUGACGGUAGCUGUAUUGAAGCUGCCAGAAUCUGCGAUAACACCCAAGACUGCUCACGAGGAGAGGAUGAAUUAAAUUGUCCUAUUAUAGGAAAUCAGUGUCCGGGUGAAUUCACAUGUCCUCCUGGAUACUGCAUACCAAGAAUCGCUGUUUGUGAUGGUGUUCGAGAUUGCUUUGGCAACGAAGAUGAAGAUGGCUGUCCGGUAGUGGACAACUGUGCGGGUCAGUUCAGAUGCAAUUCAGGAGAAUGCAUUCCUCUAACGGCUAGAUGUAAUGGCAUCUCCGAUUGCUAUGGCAGGGAUGAUGAGGAUGGUUGUCCCAUCAUUGAAGAUUGUCCAGGACAAUAUAAAUGUAGCGACGGACAGUGUAUCCCUCUAAGAGCUAGAUGCAACGGAAUACGUGAUUGUUAUCAAGGAGAAGACGAAGCAGGUGGAUGCCAGAUUAGUAGUCCGUGUUCUGAUGGAUUUGUGUGUGAUGCUGGAAACUGUAUACCUAAUUCAGCGGUCUGUAAUGGAGUUCGAGAUUGCUAUGAUGGUAAAGAUGAAUUAAGUUGCCCCUUCACGAACCCUUGCGAUGGCUUUAGAUGUGACGAUGGAACCUGUAUAGAGUCUAGUAGAGUUUGUGACACUUACAAAGACUGUCCAGAUCGUACAGAUGAGCAGAACUGUGAAUCAGAAGAAAUCUGCCCUGGUAAAUUCAAUUGUCAGACAGGUUUCUGUAUUGAAAUACGGUACAUCUGUGAUGGACGUCAGGACUGUUCAAAUGGCCUGGACGAGAGUUCCUGUCCUAUCAACGAAGGAUGUGAUAGUACCCAAUUUACCUGCUAUAAUGAUCAUUGUAUUGGUAGUAAUAAUGUUUGUGAUGGCAUACCUGACUGCUCUGCCGGGGAAGACGAGGAAAAAUGCCCAGCAGGAUGUGGAAAUGAAUUUGAAUGCGGCAGAGGGAACUGUAUCCCAAGAGGUUAUGUCUGCAACGGCAGGUUGGAUUGUUCCGAUGGCGAAGAUGAAGUUGGUUGCAAUCGUUGUGAAUUUGAAUGCGAUGACGGAAGCUGCAUUGAAGCUACCAAGAUCUGCGAUAGCACCCAAGAUUGCUCACGAGGAGAGGAUGAAUUGAAUUGUCCCAUUGUAGAAGACCAGUGUCCGGGUGAAUUCACUUGUUCUCCUGGGUACUGCAUCUCAAGAAUUGCCGUUUGUGAUGGUGUUCGAGAUUGCUCAGGCAACGAAGAUGAAGAUGGCUGUCCGGUAGUGGCCGACUGUUCGGGUCAGUUUAGAUGCAAUUCAGGAGAAUGCAUUCCUCUAACGGCUAGAUGUAAUGGCAUCUCCGAUUGCUAUGGCAGGGAUGAUGAGGAUGGUUGUCCCGUCAUUGGAGAUUGUCCAGGACAAUUUAAAUGUAGCGAUGGACAGUGUAUCCCUUUAAGAGCUAAAUGCAAUGGAAUACGUGAUUGUUAUCAAGGAGAAGAUGAAAAUAACUGCAACACAGUUUGUGAAUUUCAGUGCGGCACUGAAAACUGUAUACCUAACUCAGCUGUCUGUAAUGGAGUUCGAGAUUGCUAUGAUGGUGAAGAUGAAUCAAGUUGCCCCUUAACAAACCCUUGCAAUGGCUUUAGAUGUGACGAUGGAACCUGUAUAGAGUCUAGUAGAGUUUGUGACACCUACAAAGACUGUCCAGAUCGUACAGAUGAGCAGAACUGUGAAUCAGAAGAAAUCUGCCCUGGUAAAUUCAAUUGUCAGACAGGAUUCUGUAUUGAAUUACGGUACAUCUGUGAUGGACGUCAGGACUGUUCAAAUGGCCUGGACGAGAGUUCCUGUCCUAUCAAUGAAGGAUGUGACAGUACCGAAUUUACCUGCUAUAAUGAUCAUUGCAUUGGUGGUGAUAAUGUUUGUGAUGGCAUACCCGACUGUUCUGCCGGGGAAGACGAGGAAGGCUGCCGACCAGAAUGUGGACAUGAAUUUGAAUGCAACAGAGGGAACUGUAUCCCAAGGAGUUAUGUCUGCAACGGCAGGGAAGAGUGUUUCGAUGGCGAAGAUGAAGUUGGUUGCAAUCGUUGUGAAUUUGAAUGCGAUGACGGAAGCUGCAUUGUAGCUACCAAGAUCUGCGAUAGCACCCAAGAUUGCUCACGAGGAGAGGAUGAAUUGAAUUGUCCUAUUAUAGGAGACCAGUGUCCGGGUGAGUUUACCUGUCCUCCUGGUUACUGCAUCCCAAGAACUGCUGUUUGUGAUGGUGUUCGAGAUUGCUUUGGUAACGAAGAUGAAGAUGGCUGUCCGGUAGUUGCCGACUGUUCGGGUCAGUUUAGAUGCAAUUCAGGAGAAUGCAUUCCUCUAACGGCUAGAUGUAAUGGCAUCUCUGACUGCUAUGGCAGGGAUGAUGAGGUUGGUUGUCCUAUCAUUGGAGAUUGUCCAGGACAAUAUAAAUGUAGUGACGGACAGUGUAUCCCUCUAAGAGCUAGAUGCGACGGAAUACGUGAUUGUUAUCAAGGAGAAGAUGAAGCAGGUGGAUGCCAGAUUAGUAGUCCGUGUUCUGAUGGAUUUUUGUGUGACGUUGAAAACUGUAUACCUAAUUCAGCUGUCUGUAAUGGAGUUCGAGAUUGCUAUGAUGGUAAAGAUGAAUCAAGUUGCCCAUUAACAAACCCUUGCAAUGGCUUUAGAUGUGGCGAUGGAACCUGUAUAGAGUCUAGCAAAGUUUGUGACACCUACAAAGACUGUCCAGAUCGUACAGAUGAGCAGAACUGUGAAUCAGAAGAAAUCUGCCCUGGUAAAUUCAAUUGUCAGACAGGAUUCUGUAUUGAAUUACGGUACAUCUGUGAUGGUCGUCGAGACUGUUCAAAUGGCCUGGACGAGAGUUCCUGUCCUAUCAACGAAAGAUGUGACAGUACUGAGUUUACCUGCUAUAAUGGCCAUUGUAUUGGUGGUGAUAAUGUUUGUGAUGGCAUACCUGACUGCUCUUCCGGGGAAGACGAGGAAAGUUGCCCAGCAGGAUGUGGAAAUGAAUUUGAAUGCGGCAGAGGGAACUGUAUUCCAAGGAGUUAUAUCUGCAACGGCAGGGAAGAGUGUUUCGAUGGCGAAGAUGAAGUCGAUUGCAAUCGGUGUGAAUUUGAAUGUGAUGACGGUAGCUGCAUUGGAGCUACCAGAAUCUGCGAUAACACCCAAGACUGCUUGAAAGGAGAGGAUGAAUUUAAUUGUCCUAUUCUCGGAGACCAGUGUCCGGGUGAGUUCACCUGUUCUCCAGGAAACUGCAUCUCAAGAAUUGCUGUUUGUGAUGGUAUUCGAGAUUGCGCUGGCAACCAAGAUGAAUAUGGCUGUCCGGUGGUAGAAGACUGUGCGGGUCAGUUUAGAUGCAAUUCAGGAGAAUGCAUUCCUCUAACGGCUCAAUGUAAUGGCAUCUCCGAUUGCUAUGGCAAGGACGAUGAGGAUGGUUGUCCCAUCAUUGAAGAUUGUACAGGACAAUUUAAAUGCAGCAACGGAGAAUGUUUUCCUCUUGAUGCCCGCUGUGAUGGUCAUCAAGACUGUUAUCACGGUGAGGAUGAGGAGGCCUGCCCGAUCAGUGGAUGCAACAGCAACGAGUUCCAGUGUCUCGAUGGCUCAUGCCUUCCUGCCAGUUACCGAUGCGACGGGUUGUACGAAGACUGUUCACUCGGUGAGGAUGAGACAGACUGCGGACCACAUAGUGUAUGCGACCGGGACCAGUUUCAGUGCGCCAAUGGAGUCUGCAUAUCAUCCACAUGGCGAUGCGACGGACAAUACACGGACUGCAUGAACGGAGAGGAUGAGGAGAACUGCGGAGGUAACAACGUUGUCGACUGCGGAAAAUCAGAGUUCAGGUGUAACGACGGGUCUUGCAUUCCAAAGGAUUACGUGUGUGACGGUCGUUAUCGGGACUGUGAAGAUGGUGAGGAUGAGAACAGCUGCCCGAGUGCGUGUAACGCGUAUGAGUAUGAGUGCGAGUCUGGUACCUGUGUUCCAAUUCAGGGUAUGUGUGACGGCAAGAAUGACUGCCCCACAGGAUCUGACGAGAUACCCUUAAACUGUAAUGACUUCCAAAACCUAGGAGAUUGUGAUCCCCACUACCAGUUCCAAUGUUAUGAAGGAAACUGCAUCUCUGUACAUGCUGUGUGUGAUGAUUAUAAUGACUGUCUGGGAGGAGAAGAUGAAGCAUUAUGUCCAGAACAACAAGGAACCAAUGAUGGUCUCUCGUAUGUGUUGACUGAACUGAAUAACGACUUGGAGGAUCUUAAUGGUAUUCUUGAAAAUGGUAACAAUGAUGAUACGACUUACAAUACAGAGGAUGUAGCUGACACGCUGUAUAACAUUGAGCAAACAUUGCACCGUGCAGAGUAUCUCACAGAACAAGAGGAGGUUGACAAUGUUGCAAGCUUAACAACCGAAGAACCAAGUCCUCUCGCUGAUCGUGACCAAAAUCUUCCAAAAGAGCUCUCAAACAAGAAGCUUUUCCAAACUGCCGAGAAAAUUAUGGGCGACUCUAUCGUCAAUGAUCUUGAGGAAGCUAUAACAGCCGCGCGCAAGACCCACAAACCUGAAGAAAACCAGUCCGAUGAUGUAGUAGACGGCGGGAAUAACCAGGAUACCAGAGGCAACGAUGUCGUAAGCGAUGCCGAGGCGGGAGCGACCGGACCUGGAACAAAUCGACGUCGUAAAAUCGUUCUGUCUGAGGAUGCCCGAAAGAAACUCGACCUCAUUGGCAGCUUGAAGAAUGAACUGUCCUUGAAAUUGAAGGAAAGGCGAUCUAAGAGGAUUGACAAAGAUGGCGCAGUUCAAGCAGACACUGAACAGGGUAUGGAAGGAAAGCAUGAUGCGGUGCUUAGUAAGGGGAUGUUGACACGCCUGGUGACGCUGGAGAAUGCUUUACUCAAUAGAAAGAAGAAAGCGUUGCAAAAACGUUGAGCGCCGUUUCUCCUUAGUAGGUAUAUAUCACAAUAGAUGUAGAGCGAGAUUUACCUAGUACCUACAAGUAAAAUGAAACGGUUUGAGACGAAAAAUAAGAUGGAUAUAAAAAAUGAAAUAUAUCUAUCCACCUACCGGAUGCAUAUUUGAAGUAAACAAAUAAGUUGCACAAAAUGAAAUUACACUACAGUCAUCUUUAAGUAGCGAUCGAGCGAACUA